AUGUGGUGGCACGAAAUUGAUGUGAGGCUGUCGGGAAACUGUUCCGGUCUUCUUGAAAUUUAUUACUUUGGUAGAUGGGCUGGUGUAUGCUAUGAACAAUUCAACCUGGCGGAUGCUGAGGUCAUCUGCAGGCAGCUACAGUGUGGCCGACCACUUACAGUUGGGAAAUACAACGACGGCAUCACUUACCCUUACUUGAGUAACGUGUUCUGUACUGGCAAUGAAGACUACUUCUGGCAAUGCUCUUUUCGAGAAGGAGGCUGCCAAACCAACACAAAUGUUGCAGUCACAUGUGCAGGCUCAAAAUGGCUUCAAACAACAGCUCUUCCUCCUUUUUCAGAUUUUCCAAAAUUCACAGCACCUGGUUAUAGAAAAGACCUCCGAUUGGUAAAUGGAGGGGAUAGGUGUCAAGGCCGCGUUGAAGUUCGGCGUGACUACGGACAAUGGGGGACAGUUUGUGAUGACUCAUGGGAUCUAAACGAUGCGGCGGUAGUAUGCAGACAACUCGGAUGUGGGCAAGCUGUUCAAGCUACAAGUGCAGCCUAUUUUGGACAAGGAUAUGGUCCUAUUCUCCUGGAUGAUGUUUACUGCCGUGGGUAUGAAUACUAUCUUUGGAACUGUACAACUUCAGACUGGGGAAUUCAUAAUUGCGGCCACCAUGAAGAUGCUGGUGUUAUUUGUUCAGCGAGUAUUCAUUCAACAUCAGGUCCUCAAUGGACACCACGGACAACUGUUGCGCGACGCACUACACCACAUUGGCCAGGAUGGACUACACCGCAUUGGCCAGGGUGGACUACACCGCGUUGGCCAGUAACUGUGUCAGGAGCAUCUUGUGGUGGUUUUCUUGGAUACCCAUCAGGAUCAUUUAAAAGUCCAUAUUAUCCUUCUGACUAUCCAAACAAUAUGGACUGUGUAUGGGAAAUACAAGUUAAAAACAACUACCAAAUAAGACUUACAUUUCAGAAUUUUUUGCUAGAAGAAUGUGAUAGAUUCAGAUGUGCUUGUGAUUAUGUUGAAAUCUAUGAUGGACCUCUCCAUACUGCCUCACUGCUUGGGAAAAUUUGUUAUGGCUACUAUUCCACUUUUACAUCAAGUUCCAAUAUGAUGACAAUUAAAUUCCAUAGUGAUAGUAGUGUCACAAGAAGAGGCUUCCUUGCAAACUAUUACAGCUUCUCUGCAGAUCAAAACACAACUCUUGUUUGUCAGCCGACCUAUAUGGAAGCUGCAAUUAGUAGAAGUUAUCUGAACUCUCAAGGCUAUAAUCCAUGGAGUGCCAGCUUGAUGGAUCCAAAUUGCAGACCGAGGAUCACACCAUAUUCUGUUAUAUUCAACAUACCAUAUAAUGGCUGUCGGACCAGAAGAGAUGUUGAUGCCGAUACUAUUACAUAUUCAAAUGAGAUCUCAGUAAUUGCCCCUUCACAACACUUCAUAAGAAGGAUACCAGAUCUUCUUGUGCAUGUCAACUGCAAGAUGCUUCAACACACCUGGAUAGAGACAAUGUAUAUCGCUCAGCAAACCAAAGAGAUUAAUGAAACGCAAUAUGGCCAAUAUAGUGUGAAUCUUACAUUUUAUGACUCAUCCUUCUGGAAACCAGUGAACGAUAUACCUUAUUAUGUCGUAUUAAAUCAAAGGUUAUAUUUGCAAGCUUAUCUCUAUAGUUCCGAUUCCAACCUGCAGCUGUUUUUGGAUACUUGUACAGCAUCACCCAAUUACGAUGAUUUUACAAAACUAACUUAUGAUAUUAUCAAGAAUGGGUGUAUUAAAGACUCUACUUAUCAGACUCACUACUCCCCAUAUAGAAACAUUCUUCGCUUUUCCUUCCAAGCCUUUGCCUUCAUGGACAGGCACCCAUCAGUUUACCUGCAGUGUAAAGUGGUGGUUUGCAGCUCCUAUGACUAUUACUCAAGAUGUAAUCGAGGCUGUCUGCUCCGAUCCAAGAGAGAUACAGGCUCCUAUCAGGAAAACAUAGAUGUCAUUAUUGGGCCCAUCGAACUUGUGAAGGAUGGUGUUCAGAAUAGAAACUUUGAAGCAAAGCCAGAAGCCCAGGAAAAUUUGACAACUUCUAAUUCCCAUGUACCUUACAUUGUUGCUGCUGCUGUCCUUGCGGUCGUUGCCAUGACUCUUGCAGGAAUUAUUCUGAAAAACAAGUGGAAAAGAUCAAUUCCAUAUGAGAUAAUGUGAGGACUUAAAAUCUUGUGUUAUAAACCAGUGCUGAAUUAAUUGUGAUGAACUUAAUUAUUGGAUGGAGAGUAUCCUUAACAGCAACAUCAGUAUUUCUCUGAUAUAUUAACAUUCUUGUAAUUUACGUUGAUUUUGCUUUUACAUUAAAGUUAAGAACUAGAAAACAAGGACUUGAAAAAUUCAUUACAUUUAUAGUAGCAACCUGAAGAAUACAUUUCAAUGGCAAUUUGUUAUAUUCUUGAACACGCUGUCUAGACUGAAGGGAUGAGGGCUGGAAUUUCAUCCCAUAUAAUGUGGUUUAAAUGUCUCUUCAGUCCUUCCCAGUCCAGGGCAAACUAGGCAACAAGCACCUCUGUUCUCUUUAUUCUUGCUAUUUAACUAAAUAAACUGCAAUUUCACUCUA